AUGUUUUGGGACAGGAAAGAUCCAUCUAUUUUGGACAUAAAACCAUGCUGGUAUUGGGACAAGAAGGACCUGGCGCACACCCCGUCCCUGUCCGAAGGUUUGGACCCAGCCACAGAGGCCAGAUACCGCAGAGAGGGAGCCAGGUUUAUAUUUGAUGUGGGCACAAGACUGGGGUUACAUUAUGAAACGCUGGCCACCGGAAUUGUAUAUUUCCACAGAUUUUACAUGUUUCACUCGUUCAAACAGUUCCCCAGAUAUGUGACCGGAGCCUGCUGCCUUUUCUUAGCCGGAAAAGUGGAAGAAACGCCCAAAAAGUGCAAAGACAUCAUUAAGACAGCGCGCAGCCUCCUCAAUGACAUCCAGUUUUCUCAGUUUGGAGACGACCCAAAGGAGGAAGUUAUGGUUUUAGAGCGAAUAUUACUACAGACCAUAAAGUUUGAUCUGCAAGUAGAGCAUCCGUACCAGUUCCUCCUGCGCUACGCCAAGCAGCUCAAAGGGGACAAGAACAAGGUGCAGAAGCUGGUGCAGAUGGCGUGGACCUUCGUGAACGACAGCCUGUGCACCAUGGUGGCUCUGCAGUGGGAGCCGCAGAUCAUCGCUGUGGCUGUCAUGUAUCUGGCUGGACGCCUCUGUAAGUUCGACAUCCAAGAGUGGACCUCCAAGCAGUCGUCACGGCGAUGGUGGGAACAGUUUGUGCACGAUGUUCCUGUGGAGAUUUUGGAAGAUAUUUGCCACCAGAUCCUGGACCUGUACUCUCAGGCCAAGCAGCAGAUACCUGACGGAGCAACCACAGACUCUUCCAUCCCCUCCAUCUCCUCCCCCAUUGGCCCCCCAUCCAUGAAGAAGGCCUCCCCUCAGACCAGCCCUAGACCCCCCAAACCCACUCAGCCAUCUCCUAAAGAGGAAAGCAAGCCCGCAAAGCUUUCAUCUGCUGAGCUGCUUCCUCCUCCACCACCUCCACCUCCUCCACCUGCACCUGCCGUCAAUCCAGACCACAAACCGUCGUACCCGUCUGCUCCGGAGCUCCCCCCCAAACCCACACCCCCACCCCUGCCCCACUGCCCGCCUCCACCUCCCCCGCCUCCCCUGGACGUCCCGCCUUCCAGCUCACUUCUGUCCAGUGAGGGCUACCAGACGCUGCAGUCCAUGAUGAAGACCGAGACCUCCUGCUACCCCUCGGUGCCCGCGGCCUGUGCUCCUCCGCUGGGCUACCACUUCCCCACCAGCACAACCUCCUACCCCCCGCUGUCGGCCUAUAGCUAUCUGCUGCCUCCCCCCGUGCUGGGCCUGGCUUCAAGUCUGACCCCCGGGUACCCUCCCCCUCCUCCACCCUCAGCCACAGGACACGGCCAGAUGCCCCCCCCUCUCCCACCUGGGAUGCCCCCUGUGAGCGGGAUGGGCCAUGGCUCCUGGAUGAGGUGA